AUGUUUGGCCACCCACAUCCGACGCCGGCCGCCAGGCUGCGCACUCUUCUCGACGACGCACGCGAGGCCUCGCGCUGCGAGGUCAUGCCGGCCUGCCACGACGCGCUCUCUGCGCGGCUGAUUGAGCGGGCCGGCUUCAGGGUUGCCUUCAUGUCUGGCUUUGCCGUCUCCGCGAGCGGCCUGGCCCUGCCCGACGCCGGGCUCAUCUCGUACGGCGAGCAGCUUUCCGUCGGACAGAACAUCUGUGCGGCGAUUGACACGCGGCGGCUUCUCGUCAUUGGCGAUGGCGACACCGGCUUCGGCGGCAGCGGCAACGUGCGCCGCACCAUCGAGGGCUACGCAAAGGCCGGGUUCGCAGGCGUCUCCAUCGAGGACCAGGUCUACCCGAAGCGCUGCGCGUACUCGGGCGGCGUGGCGGUCGUGCCGCGCGAGGAGGCCGUCGCCCGCGUGCGGUGCGCGAUCGCCGCCAGAGACGAGAUGAGGCGCCGCUCAGGGCUCGACCUCGUCCUCGUCGCGCGGACAGACUGCCGUCGCGCAGAGGAGGACCUGGACGAGGUCUUGUGGAGGUGCCGCGCGUUCGCGGCGCUCGGCGCUGACGUCGUCUACGCAGAGGGCCUCGCGCCGGACGAGCUGCGGCGGCUGUGCGUCUCGCUCGGCCCGACGGUGCACACGAUGCUGGCACAGGUCGAGAGGCCGGGCGUCACCCUCAUCUCGCAGACAGAGGCCGCCGCCCUCGGCUGCCGCCUCUCCCUCUUCGGGCUGACUGUCCUCAGCGCCGCCGUCUCGGCCAUGACGCGCGCGCUCGAGGCGAUGGCGAGCGGAGGCCACCCCUCGACCGGUGUGCUAUGCGACUUUGGCGAGCUCAAGGCCCUGGUGGGCUUCGACGCGCUGGAUGCCUGGGAGGAGGAGCACCAGGCCUGCCCCGCCGUGGGACAGGAUGGUGCGGCAGAGUGA